AUGUCAAAUUUGCGAGUCAUGAUCGUGGGCGCCUCCAUCGCUGGCCCAACAGCUGCCUACUGGUUCGCCAAAACCGGAGCAAAGGUCACAGUCAUCGAGCGAUUCCCUCAAAUGCGAACCAAUGGACAAAAUAUCGACAUUCGAACCGCAGGCGUUUCGGUAAUGCGGAAGAUGCCUGGCAUGGAGGAAGCCGUGCGAGCCAAUCUGCAGCCAAUGGACGGCAUCAGUAUCGUGCGCGACGAUGGCCGGCCUUACGGAACCAUGAGUUCCACCGGUAACCCUGAUCGUCAGUCGUUGAUCUCCGAGUAUGAGAUUUUGCGAGGUGACCUGUCGCGCAUCCUCUUCGACCUGAGCAAGACCCACGAGAAUGUCAACUACAUUUUCGGUGAGCAAGUUGCCUCCAUACGGCAUGACGAGAAGCCCGAUGGACCUGUUCAAGUCGAUUUCAUGAAUGGAACGCCUUCCGCGGAAUAUGAUCUUGUCGUCGCCUGUGACGGAGCGACGUCAAGGACUCGGGCAAUUGGACUUGGCUGUGGCGUGCGCGACUACAUCCAACCUGUGAACUCAUGGGCGGCCUACUUUUCCACCAAGAAGGACAUUCUCAAUGGAAGCCAGAUCGGCAAUGCGUACAGCGCCGUUGGCGGUCGUGCCAUCGGCGUUGGUCCCGAACCUUCUGGUGGCAAUCGCAUCACGCUGAUGGGCAUCCACCCACGCACCGACCACGACGCAAUGACAAAAUUCCGCGAAGCAAACAAGCUCGGCUCCGAUGCACUUAAAGUCUUUGUUGCUCAACAUUUCAAAGGAGCAGGCUGGAAAUGCGACGAAGCCGUACAGGGCAUGAUGGAAGCUGAUGACUUCUACGCCAGUGAAUGGAUGCAAGUCAAAACACCAAAUCUAUAUAAAGGUCGGUUUGUGAUGGUCGGUGAUGCUGGCUACGCGCCUGGUCCGACUGGUACAGGCACGAGUCUGGCCAUUGCUGGGGCCUACAUACUGGCAGGCGAGAUUGGAAAGCAUCGAGGUGAUCUGGCGGCAGGAUUGCAGGGGUACGAGGAGCAGAUGCGGCCGCUUAUUAAAGAGAUGCAAAAGAUUCCACCGCUUGUUCCUGGGAUGUUUGCGCCUCAGACGGCUUGGGGGAUUUGGGCGAGGAACAUGAUCUUUGCGUUCAUAUGCUGGAGCAAACUCCCGUCGCUCUUCGAUACAUUCUUCGGGAAUGCUUCUGCUCAUUCCGAUGGUUACAAGGUGCCGGAAUAUGAAUGGGCCGCCUGA